AUGGAGACUGUCAACAAAUACGUUAGUGCUGCUUCGAAUGCCAUCUGGGGCGAGGACAGCUCCUCAAGCAACCCGCACAACCUUCAACAUGGCGAGGAACCCAUCUCUGGUGUCCAGGGCAAAGGAGGUGCCACAGACCCCUAUGACGCCGGUAACCGUGAGGAACAACCCGGCGCAAUCAACGUUGACGGCAACACAGCCCCCCAAGAACCAAAGCUAGGCGGCAAACAACAAACCUUCGAAGAAGCAGCCCUAACAUCAGUCCCCGCCCCCACCAAAUCCGCGCUCGAUAGCAACAACACAACCGGCGUCAUCGACCCGAAUGCCAGCAUAGGCAAGCCUAUUACUGGCAGUGAAGCCAACACGAGUUCAAGCAUAGGCGCAGGCGUCCUCGAUCCUACCGCUAGCCUCGCCAAACCACUCUCUGGAACCAACACCUCUACCGCACCUGUCAGCGCCGAGGCCACGCAACCCCUGCCCGACGAAGGCGCAGGUAGUUCAUCGGGACCAACCGACACCGCUCCAUCGACCAAGGAGCAGCGCAGCACCGCUGAGACUGAUUUUGCUACCUCUGAAUCCACAAAUAAGGGCGAGUCCCACGCCUCUGCCAGCGCGGAAGCUCUGAAGGGACCACAGGGUCCGGCGCCUAAGUCUGCCGAGGAUUUCGAGAAAGAAACUAAGAGGAAGGGGUCUGUUGUUAUGGAGAAGGAUAAUACGAAGGAUCAUGAGAAGAGAAAAUCUUAUGAGUCUAGGGAAACCAACAAGGAUUGCAACAAGUCCGAUCAUUCUUCUCAGGACAGUGAGAAGGGCAGUGGAAAGCAUGGUGCCAUGUCGAAGAUGAAGGAGGGGAUCAAGAAGCAUCUUCACCACUCGAGCAAAUAG